CCAUUCUUCGGGGAAGACAAGCUUAGGUACCUAUCAUUUUAAUAAGAGUAGUGGUCUACUUGUGAAACUAACGACCCCUUGCAUUCUUCAUCCAUCAUAGAUACGGCGGCAAUGUCCGGGGACAGCAGUUUUGCUGAUCUUCGAAAGGCCUAUGCAAGCACUGAAAGCCAGCAAACUCUCUUAAACAAAACAUUCAGGGGAGCUCUCAAGGACUUCGCCGCGUCCCAGUCGCUUCAGUUUUCUGAAGAUAGUGCAGGAAACAACUACAUAACUCGACCCGGGAAGGAUGCGGGAAUUGCACCUAUAGCUAUUGCUUUCCCUCUAGAUGGCGGCUUGUCUGAGACGUCCUUCACCAGUGCUUUCCGCGUCUUUUCGCUCCUCUCAAAAGUUGAGCUUUCAUGUGACCUCAUGCUUGUUGGAUGGACUUCCCUAGACGGGCGAGUAGUUGGUCGAGACAUUUGGGAUUCGUCAGCUACGGCAUCACCGCCUGUCGUACCCCCAGAAUUAGAGAUAUUCCAGCAGAAAGACGAUCCAAAAGACAUGUCUGUCUCAGCAGUCUUUGAAGUAUCGGAGAAGAAGGGGGCCGCUUUAGAAAUUGACGGAAGCCCAGUCCUUGUCGAAAAGGCGCGCAAGCUGGCAACAACUCAAGCGAAUGUCCACGAGUUCGGGAAAGGGCUUAUUCGAGCGCCGUCUAUUUCGAUCAUAGGACCCGAAGCAGAAUCAAUUUCCUGCUCAGCCAUUAGAGAGUACAGUGCGUACAUUGUAGCUCUAUUUGAUAACUUUGAUUGAAGUUUUAGGAAUGGGUCAUGACCAGGUCAUGGCCAGGUCAUGGCUUAGGAAGCCUCAGGGUAGUCUACGAUCGUGGAAUUGAGUGCACUGGGGAGACAAAAUGAGUUUAGUGUAGGUAGAGCCAAAGAAUAACGAUAUGGAACGCUUCAGCAAUGUAUGAAGUGGAAGUCUUAGGUAGUACCUAGUCAAGUCACAUCUGUACAUAGGUAACCUUUUAAUCUAAGGUGUAUCAGAUAAUCAUGCAUGAUAGCCUCUAAGGCCCUCGAUCAUGCUCCUUAUAUGAUAUUCAUUCGGGCUCUUCUGAACUGUA